UCUGUUGAUCUUUUGGUAUCAUUAUACUUGGCCGCAUUAUCCUAGCCGGCUACUAAGCACAUAAAAAUCACAGUAACCAUGUCCAUAAUUGGCGUAUUUUCCGAUGUUCAUCCCCACAUUCCGAUAUGCAUUAAUCCCUUUUAACUAUGUAACGUGUUUUUACAUAUUUUAUUCUCAUACAAGGUCAAGCUUACACACAUAUCUUGCAACCUAUCAGUUCAUCAAGAAUGUCCCUGGAAGAAUCAUGGUCAACCACCGACAUCCAGGAGGAAUCCGGCAAGGCUCGACGGCCGCCUUUCCAUCAGAGUGGUUUCGAUCCACAAACAGGAAUUUACCAUUCACUCCACCAACUCGGUGAGAGUCUCCGAAUCCCCACUAGACAUGACCUUGAUACAGCUAGCUAUGUCUUGUCCCAGUUCCCGCACCCUGACAAUGCUGAGUCGAGAGUUGCGCUUAUUGAUCUAGCUACUGAUCACCGACUCAGCUAUGCAUCACUCCACAGAUCGAUCCGUGCCCUUGCUUCCGGCUUGUACCAUGGUCUCAGGGUCCGGAAAGGUGAUGUCGUUUUGGUCGUGUCACCAAACACAAUCCUGUAUCCAACAAUAUGCCUAGCCAUAUUUUCCAUUGGGGCAAUCCUGAGUCCUGCCAACCCAAUUAACACAGAGUCGGAGCUUGCUAAACAGAUACUUGACUCUGGUGCUAAACUUAUCAUUUCAGCACCUGAAGAGUUGCAUAAGUUAAACCAAAAUGGGGUGCCUAUAGUACUUACAACUCGAAUUACUAAUGACAGUAAUUCCGUAUCCAUUGAAGAAUUGAUCGAAUGUUGUGAUCCUGUUGAGUCCCCGCAGGUCCGAAUAAUGCAGUCAGACACUGCAGCUGUACUAUAUUCUUCAGGAACUACAGGGACAAGUAAAGGUGUGAUACUAACGCAUGCAAACUUUAUAGCUAUAAUGACACUCCUGAAAUGGUCAGUUUACGCAACUUCAUCUCAGAAUGAUGUGUUCUUGUGCUUCAUUCCUAUGUUUCACAUCUAUGGCCUAGCAUUUUUCGGGUUAGGACUAUUUUGCGCUGGGAUUACAACUGUGUUAAUGCAAAGAUUCGAUCUACAAGCAAUGCUUGAUGCAAUUAAAAUUCAUCAAGUCAAUAAUAUACCUGCAGUGCCUCCAGUGAUACUUGGGCUAGUGAAGCAUGCUAGUAAACUUCAGUGCGAUUUGUCAUCUUUGAGGAGAGUUGGGUCUGGGGCUGCUCCCUUGAGUAAAGAACUGACUCAAGAAUUCAGGUUGAGGUUUCCAUGGGUGGAGUUAAGACAGGGAUAUGGGUUAACAGAAAGCUGUGCUGCCGCAACCUUUUUCGCCUCUGAUGAGCAGGCUAAGGCACAUCCAGGUUCUUGUGGAAGGUUAGUCCCAACUUUUACUGCUAAGAUAGUGGAUUUUGAAACAGGAAUGGCUUUACCACCUCUUAAAGAAGGAGAGGUAUGGUUAAAGAGUGGCACUAUUAUGAAAGGUUACUUGAGAAAUGAGGAAGCAACGGCUGCUACACUUGAUUCUGAUGGGUGGCUAAAAACGGGUGAUCUUGGUUAUUUUCAUGAAGAUGGAUUUCUUUAUAUUGUUGAUAGGAUUAAGGAACUUAUUAAGCAUAAUGGGUAUCAGGUAGCUCCAGCAGAACUGGAAGCAAUACUUCUGACACAUCCCCAAGUGCUUGAUGCAGCUGUUAUACCCCUUGAAGAUGAAGAAGCAGGGCAGAUACCUAUGGCGUAUGUAGUGAGAGCAGCCAGUGCUGAGCUCACUGAAGAACAAGUCAUUCAAUUUGUCGCGAGUCAGGUCGCACCAUACAAGAAAGUUAGGAGGGUGAGUUUCAUCAGUGCCAUUCCAAAGUCUGCUGCAGGCAAAAUCCUGAGGAAGGAGCUUGUUUCACAUAGCAAAAUGCAAGUUAAUUCAAAACUGUAGUUCUUUCCUUCUACUUCUACUUCAGGAUCAGGAAAGCAGAGAAUGCAUCUUCAAAAGCGAGCUGGCUGCCCGUCAGAUUACUACAGUUAUUACAGAAAACCUUUAGGUGCAACGAAGGGGAAGAAAAUGGCAGAAACGAAUGUAAUGAAAUAGAUUUCUCAUCGUGAUUCCGUUACUUUAUAUUACUGUUUACUGAACGCCCUUGUGGCUUCCCAAACAAUCUCUUCAAGCAAUAUUUAUCGUUCUGUGCCUUAAAAUUUUUUAAGCGUUAGAAGAUUCAUUUUGAUAUCAGUAGUAAACAGAGUUAGUGGAGAAUCAGAGAUGAAAUAAAACCCUUCCAGAACUUGUAGCCAAAAUCUGGCACCAUCAAGCUCAGAAACAGUAAUUGAAAGACCAUAUUUGUCUCUGCACUCUCAAUGGAAGCAAGCGCAGAUUAUCAAUAU